AUUUGGACAAACCAUGAGCACUCUAUACGGCCUUGAUAAAGAAAUUCAAGAGAAACUUGAUUCCAAGUACUCUGUAGCACGUGAACAGGAAGCUCGCGAAUGGAUAGAAAGCACCAUUGGUGAACCAUUGCCCAGCGAUGACUUUCACGAAAGCUUGAAAGACGGGGUCGUUCUUUGCAAAGUGAUCGGGAAACUCGUUCCCGGUCAGGGUAAAUACAAAGAGUCCCGCAUGCCCUUCAUACAGAUGGAAAAUAUUGCCAAGUUCCUUGCUGGCGCUGAGGCGUUAGGGGUUCCAAAGCAUAACUUAUUCCAGACGGUCGAUCUUUACGAGAAGAAGAACAUGCUGCAGGUCGUCGAUGCUAUCUUUGCUAUAUCACGGUAUGGCUACAAAGCUGGCACUUGCAAUACAUUUCUUGGACCCAAGCUCGCAGAAAAGAACGAGCAGAACUUUAGUCGUGAACAACUGAAUGCAAGCAAUGCUGUCUUCAACACUUACCAAUAUGGAUAUAACAAAGGCGCUAAUCAGUCUGGCAUGAGUUUCGGUGCUCGACGUGAAAUUGCAGGUCGCGAUCCUUAUGCUCAAUACAAGUAGCCAAAAAUAUGCUUACAGAAAGAAAAACCCAAGAUUAGAUUACAGUAGCAUAAAACAUGUUAAUAUUACUUGUCUAUAAUUGUUAUCCAAGUGUCAGUGGCCAAGUUAUGCAAGGCAAUCUUUGCAGUCUACUGAUUGUUCGUUUUCAUAAGAAGCUUGAAAAUAUCCAGCGAUUUUUCUUUUUUGAAAGGCAG